CUGAUCCCGGCGCGCCCCGCGCCCGCCCCCGAAGGAGCGGCUCCGGCAGGAAGGCGGCAGCGCGGCCUGGUCACCCAGCCGCGGCCAUGAGCUCAGCCCGGGAGUCCCAGAGCCACCACGGCCUCAAGCGAGCGGCCUCCCCCGAUGGCUCCAGCAGCUGGGAGGCGGCGGACCUCGGCAACGAGGAGCGGAAGCAGAAGUUCCUGCGGCUGAUGGGCGCCGCGAAGAAAGAACAUACUGGCCGCCUUGUUAUCGGAGACCACAGAUCAACCUCUCACUUCAGGACAGGGGAAGAAGACAAGAAAAUGAACGAGGAGUUGGAGUCUCAGUACCAGCAGAGCAUGGACAGCACAAUGUCAGGGCGGAACCGGCGCCACUGCGGGCUUGGGUUCAGUGAGUUUCAGGAAGAUGAACAAGAAGACGAGGCAGCUGGACACUCCUCUGAUGAGAGUUCAGAGGAUUCUGAAAGUGGCUCUGAUUCGGAGCAAGAGGAGUCUGCAGAGGAGCUACAAGCUGCUGAAAAACAUGAUGAAGCUGAAGUUCCAGAAAACAAAAAAGAAGCAAAAAGCAACUAUAAAAUGAUGUUUGUGAAAGCCAGUGGUUCAUAACUGCAGAUGUAACAGCUUCGUAUUUAAAGUACAGUAAGCCUUAUUGUUACAGUGCAAAGUGGAGGACUGCUACAGCACAAAUCUUUGUAUUUUGAUUUUAAGAAGACCCUCUUAGAUGACAAAAAGUAGUAUUUGCUUUCUGUUGCCAUGGAUAACAUUUUUAUGGGCGCAGUGAUAUUACUGGUUUUUGUAAAGUGUAUAAAAUCCUGGAUGGAGAAAUAAAUUUGUUUUGUUCCUGCCCAGUC